AUGUCAGAUGGCCUCGAGCACCACAAGCACCAUGACCCAACCAACUUGGGCAUGGUGAGCAGUCCUCACGGCCCAGAAACGGGAGAUGACCACGCCCACCUCCCUGCCGACUUCCCUGCAGCGGGGCCCUCAGAGGGCGAGGUGGCUCGAAUCUUCGACAAGAUUCUAUUCCCAGACGACCUCUACACCCCCGAGGGCGUCUACUGGGCCGAUCUUCCCUUUGGCCAGCAGAUGAAGUUUAACACCGCCGUCGAUAAUGCCGAAGCAAAGAAGGAACUGGGUACCAUCUGGUCAAUGAUCAAGCAGGAUCCAUUGAGCCCAAUUUCCUGGUAUUUUAAGAACGCCGUCCUGCCUGGGGCAGGUUUGGGUCUCGAGGGAUACGUUCUUUUCUCCAUCGGUAACUUGACGCCACUUUUCUCUGCGGUCUGGCCGCAAUGCUGGAAGACCUACAAGGUCUGCAACAAGCAGUGGACCUUUGCGGUCACUUACCUUGAAAUCGUUGGUAUCAUCAUUGGUCAAGUCCUCGUUGGUUUUAUUGGUGAUUCGAUCGGUCGUCGAUGGGGUCUAAUUCAAGACGCCUUGAUUAUGUUUGGCGGUCUUCUCAUGCUCACUGCUUCGUGGGGUGUCUCCCUGAACGGAUGGGUCAUCUGCUACACUCUCUCCUUGAUGUUCUACAGCAUCGGUGUUGGUGGAGAAUACCCCAUGACUGCUACCGCCGCCAUGGAGAACGCCACCGGAUCUGGCAAAAUCUCGACGAGGGAGGACCGUCUCCACCGUGGACGUAAAGUGACCAUGGCCUUCUUAAUGCAAGGUUGGGGUCAAUUCUUUAACCAGGCCAUCCUGAUCGUCCUUCUCCUCAUCUUCCACCACAGUGGGAAGCCGCCAUAUUCUCUGGUCUCUGCUCAAUGGACAUUCCGUGUCUCUUUCGCCAUUCCAGCAAUCGGUACUCUCUGGCUCGUCUACUACCGUGCCUACAAGAUGCCUCUCGCAUCCAAGCAACUAAAUGCAGCGAAGAAGAGGGCCAAGGUCACUGGAUAUGAUGUCCAAUCCUUGAAGCUGAUAUUCAAGUACUUCACUCCCCGCCUCAUUGCCACUGCCGGAUCCUGGUUCGCCAACGACGUUUUCUUCUAUGGCAACAAGCUCUUCCAAUCCACAUUCAUUGCUGCCAUCGAUCCUUCCGUUGCUAAAACCGGCAACAUCAUGACCAGCUGGCUCUGGAACUUCGUCAACAUCGCUGUCUCCCUCUGCGGUUACUACCUGGCCUCCUUCCUGAUCGACAACAAGUUGGUCGGACGAAAGCGAAUGAUGCAACUCGGUUUUCUCAUGGACUUCGUCCUCUUCGUCGUCCCUGCGUUCCACUACAACUACUACAAAUCCGUCAAGGGCGUCCACGCCUUCCAGGCCAUGUACUUCCUAUCCUCCUUCUUCAACCAGUUUGGUCCUAAUGCAGUCACCUUCCUCGUGGCCGCGGAAGUUUUCCCGACCUCCGUUCGAGCCACCGCCCACGGCUUCUCCGCCGCCUGCGGCAAGCUCGGCGCCCUCCUCGCAACAGUGGUUUACAACUACAUCGACACACAGCAAAAGUUCUACUUCGUGCCCUGGUUCGGUCUCGCAGGCAUGCUCGUCACUUGGCUCUUCCUCCCAGACACCACCGGUCUCGAUCUCAAGGAGCAAGAACGCCGCUGGAUGUACCUCCGCCAGGGCCGAGAAUCCGAGUACCACGGCAUCGCCGUGCACCCUCGCCAUCUGUCUGUGUGGGAGCGCAUGCGGGGCGCCGGCAAGUACUACGACCCUAAGCAGGACCGCAUCGACCAGGUCAAGGAUCUCCGCAAUGAGUGGGAGUACCGCCAAGCGGAGAAGAGCAAGGAUGAGGCCGGGCUCAUGGAUACCGAUGACCUCCAAUUCCCUGAUGAAGUCCACAACCACUUCAUGCGUACUUCGAAUAUCAAGGGCAAGUUGCGGGAUACGUCUUCUGAUAACAUUUCCAAUGAAAAGGCUGUUGUGAACUAG